AUGGACAACCCACCUGCGAUUCCGACACCAAUGCUAUAUGCAGAUUCCACUUAUAGCGUCGCCGAGACUCCUCUAGGAACUACACGUCAUGUUCGAAUCGUCACGAUUGGAGCUGGAGCAAGCGGCAUCAAUAUGAUCCGGACUCUUCGAGAGCACCUCACGGACUACGAACACGUUGUGUACGAAAAGAACCCUUCAAUUGGUGGGACAUGGUACGAAAAUAGAUACCCCGGAUGUACAUGUGACAUUCCAGCCCACAACUAUCAAUUUUCCUGGCGACAUAACCCUGCAUGGAGCACGUUCUUUGCAAGUGCGCAAGAGAUCGAGAAGUACUUGUGUACGGUUUGUGAGGAAGAGAAAAUGGGCCCUUCUAUUAAGACGUCGCAUCAGGUCCAGAAGGCAGUUUGGGACGAGGAGAAAGCUGUGUGGGAGUUGGAAGUGCAGAACUUAGAGACUGGCGAGAGGUUUAAUGACUAUGGCCAUUUUCUCCUGGAUGCAACUGGGAUUUUGAAUCACUGGAAAUGGCCUGAAAUUGAUGGUCUUCAAAACUUCAAAGGGCAUCUCAUUCACAGUGCGGAUUGGCCCAAGGACUUUGAGUAUGCCGGGAAAAGGGUAGCGGUUCUUGGUAAUGGUGCGUCGGGAGUGCAGAUUGUCCCAGCCCUACAAAAAGAUGUCAAGGAACUGAUCCAUUGCAUCCGAUCACCUACCUGGGUUGUCCCACCACAACAGCAAACGCUACUUACGAGCAAAGGCAGCGAGCGUUUUGGCGAGAUAGAGAUGGAUGGCGAUAAAUUUACUCCAGCGCAAAUUGAAAAGUUCAGUUCAGACCCCGUGUACUAUCUUCAGUUUGUUAAAGCUAUUGAGGAGGAAAUCAAUUCCAAAUUCCCGGUUCACAUGAAGAUGAUACUGGGCGGUGAUGAGCGUCUUUCCAAGGCACUGAUACCCACUUUCCCCGUCGGAUGCCGCAGACUUACGCCUGCUGUGGGAUAUCUGGAAGCACUGACACAAAAGAACGUCCGAGUUGUGACAGAGGAGAUUGUCCAAAUCGUGCCAACGGGACUUCAAAUCAGCACGGGCGAGGUGAUCGAAGUUGACGCAAUUGUCUGUGCUACUGGCUUUAAUGUCUCUUUCUGUCCUCGAUUCCCAAUAGUAGGCAAGGAGAAUAAGAACCUACAAGAUCUUUGGAAAGAGAACUUACCACGAGCAUACAUGUCAAACUCUGUACCUGGCUUCCCGAACUACUUUAUGUUCCUCGGCCCUAACGCCCCAAUCGGUCAUGGAUCUGUCUUCACAAUCACCGAGCACGUCGCCAAAUACAUCGCAAACAUAAUCCGCAAAUGCCAGACCGAGAAUAUAAGAUCCAUUGCUCCAAGCGAAGUGGCACUGCAUGACUUUUACGAGCAUCUAGAGACAUUCAUGCCCAGAACCGCCUGGGCAGGUACAUGCCGCUCUUGGUUCAAAGACGGCCGAGAGAGCGGUCCCGUCACGGGGGUUCAUCCUGGAAGUAGGAUUCAUUGGUUUCAUAUGUUGGAGCAGUUUAGAGGCGAGGAUUUCGUGUAUGUGUACGAUAAGCAGAAUCGGUUUGCGUAUCUGGGUAAUGGGUUCUCGACCAAGGAGCUGGGAGAUGGCGAUAAGUCUUGGUAUUUGGGGGCCUUGGAAGCUAAGACAUGA